GUUAGUUUUGAUUUAUUUGUCAUGUGGGAGACUUGGUUUUCAUUCAUGAAAAUUUAGUGUACGGCGAUGAAUUCGGGGGCGUAACUUUUAUUUAGCGCAUUUUAUUUAAUCACAGAAUAAAUUAUGCAGCUUUCAUUAAACUUGUAAUUAAGGUACAUAAUAUAUCAUUAUGGCUCAGUCUAAUUUCAGUGCAAUUGACGAGUAUGGUUUUGAAAGACACGAAGAUUUUGAUUAUGCAAGCUAUGAAGAUUUUAUGUCUGUAUAUCUAAAGGUCUUGGCGUCAAGAGCGCAGAAAUGGUCCAUAUUGCUUGGCGAAGGAAAGUCGGUCAAACGCACGAACACAGUCAAAAGAUACGUGCGUAAAGGGAUACCGAGUGAACACCGACCAUCAGUAUGGAUGGCAAUCUCAGAAGCUGAUAAAAUGAGGGAACAGUCUCCAGAUCUAUACCACAAGAUAUUAGAUCAACCAUUUGAGAAGGAGCUUGUUGAUCUAGUGAAAACUGACUUGCCUCGGACAUUUCCAGAUAACAUUUACUUUACAAAAGAAGCCAACCAUCAGACACAUUUAUUUAAUGUACUGAUUGCUUAUGCUCAUAACAACAGAGUUGUUGGGUAUUGCCAAGGAUUGAACUACAUAGCUGGUCUACUAUUAUUGGCAACAAAAAGUGAAGAAACUUCAUUUUGGCUUCUGAAAGUGCUGGUGGAAAAAAUACUUCCCGAUUACUACACAAAAACUAUGGACGGCCUCAUAGUUGACAUUGAGGUGUUAUCUGAGUUAGUAAAAUCAAAGGCACCUGAUGUUCACCAGCAUGUGAUAAACUUAGGUUUGCCCUGGGCAGUUAUAACCACCAAAUGGUUUGUUUGUUUAUUUGCCGAAGUCCUGCCAAUAGAAACAGUAUUAAGGAUUUGGGAUUGUUUGUUUUAUGAGGGCUCUAAAAUUUUAUUUAGAGUAUGUAUUACAUUAAUAAAAACAAACAGAGAUGCAAUAAUGGCCUGUAAUGACUUCACAUCAUUGGCAGAGUGUUUUAAAGCUAUUGUAAAAAAUGCUAGUGCUUUACACUGUCAUGAGUUUAUGCAGUCUAUAUUCAAAGUACCUGGAACUCUAUCAAACACGACGAUUGUAAAGUUGCGCGCCCGCUUCGCCAAGCAACGCCAAGAGCAGCAACAGAAGGAGCCACCACGGUGAAUGAUUUAAAAAUAUUGCAUUUUUGAUCUCACCUUAUAAUUAAUGGAAUACCAAUGAUGUUCUACUUAUUCACUAAUUAAUGUUCAAUUGUUGGAAAUAUUUCUAUUUUAAAAUAAGUUACUAUAAAUAAAGUUUUAUAGUAUUAGAAUGUUUAAAUAUUGAAAUAUAUAUGUCCUUAUAUAUUGAAUGUUUAAAAAAAAUCAUGCUUGAAAUAAUAACAAAAGAAAAACAAGUGAUUUAUGAACAAACUAUUUGUAAUUUUUUUAUGAACAAUUUUACAUGACAUAAUUUUUUAUCAUAUACAUACUUGCAAAAUUGAUGGUUUUGUACAAAAGUUAACUAGUCCUUAUAAUGUCCAUCCUUAAAUUAUUAUUUAUUGAAAUGCAUUUUCAUGACACUUAAAAUAAUAAUUUAAGAUUUACUUUGGAUUUUUUUUCUGCAUUAAUAAUGUAGGUCUUUCUCUUACGAAUUUGGCAAUUAAAUAUAUGAGAUCCCUUAUUGAACAUUUGUUUGUUAUUCUCUAUAGGUUUUAUAGAUUUUUAUUGUAAAACGAAUGAAACAUAGUAAGAUCUUGAGAUAUUAUUGCUUUAGUUAACUAUUUUGUUUUCGGUGUAUUGAUAAGUUUAAUAAUAAUAAUUUAUUUAUAUUUAACAAUAAUAAGUUGAGUGAGAUAAUAUUUUUAGAAGUCUAUCAAGUAUUUAUGAUUUUUUUAUCUUUAGCUAAUAUAGCUAAAUAGUAGUAGUCAUAAAGUAUGGUAUAUUAUUUUUUAGUCUUUAUUUGUGGUGCAUUGUUCAUCUUUUGAUGAUUUUGUUAUAGUGUAAUAAGUAAGUUGUACAAUUGAUGUGAAAAGGGAAAGAUUAUAAUUGAGGCUUAAUGUAUUUGAACACAAAAAUUAUCCACCAAUUAAAAUUUAUAAAUGACAUAUCUGUUUUUUAGUUUAGUUUUAUUAUUUUGCUGCGACAGCAUUUUUUUGUUGGUGUUGUAUUUAAAAAUCAGUAACACUGAACUUAAUACUGAAUGUAAUACAAAUCAUUAAAAAAUAAACUACUUUUACUUCUUUCACUUAUAAAUGUGUAGUGGUUGUAUGUAUAAAAGACAUUAAUAUACAAGAGCUAAAUAAAAUAUGUUUUUAAACAUUAUAUGCUAAUUGUUACUGUAGGAGAAUAUCAUAUGUGAAAUUAAAUGAUACAUUGUUUGGUUCCUUCUAUGUUUGAUGUUGUUGUGACUUUUAACUCAAAAUUUAUUUUAAAUAAUUAUGCUUAUAUAGAUAUAGCAAUCAAAUUUUAAUAAUAAUAUAAAGCUAAUAUCUAAUUCUUCGUGGUGUGUCACACUUUCUCAUAUUAGUUUAUGGGUGUCUUUAAUAUCUAUGCCAUAACAUAAUAUGUUCGGAGGUACUUUACAUAAUAAACUAAUGAAAU